AUGUGCUGCGGCGGCUUCAGCAGGGGCGGAGGUGGCGGAGGUGGCGGCGGCCGGGAAUCUCCCUCCGUCAAUAGUCUCGCUGCUGCCCGAGCUUCAGGUUCUACUCAGGGGUGGCACAAGAAACCAUCCCGGCGCAAAAGCCAAAGGCUCAAAAGCAUCAAGGUGGAAGCAAAGACAAGUGAGUUCAAACAGGCUCGUGACAAAGGUUUCGAUCAAAGUUUCUUUGGAGCGUCAAACGGCGUCCGGAAGGGAAAGUCCAAGCAAAGAGCCAGCCGGGGCAGUGACACGAGCAGGCAUGCCAUGAAUGGCUCAACCAGUUCCUGGUGA